GAGUUACGCUUCGCAACGUGCACAGCUAUAACAGUUAUUCAGUCGUGUAUCUGUUUCAAUUCAAUUUAAAAAAAAGACUUGCAAAAAUGGUGAAAAGUGUCUGCGAAAUGGAAUUCAAAAGCAAUUUCUCCAUCGAUGCCAUCUUGGCAAAGAAACCAACAGCGCCCGCCAUCAAGCAUGAACCACAAAUCAAUCACCCCUAUCCAUAUCCAUAUGCCAACAACUCGGAUGGUGAACUAUCUGCAUCCGAAGAUUUCGAUAGUCCGUCGAGAACGAGUACGCCGAUGAGCAGCGCUGCUGAAUCGCUAUCGUCGCAGCACAACGAUAAACUGGAUGUGGAGGAAUUCGACGACGAGGACAUUGAGUUGGAUGAGGAGGACAGCGAUGCAAGUGAGCAGUGCAACAGCAACAAUCCCAGCAAGAAACAGAAGAUCAACAGCGCCGGCAGCAAUGAUACCAAAAAGCCACCGUACAGCUACAACGCCCUCAUCAUGAUGGCCAUCCAGGACAGUGCCGAACAGAGAUUGACCCUAAAUGGCAUCUAUCAGUAUCUGAUCAAUCGCUUCCCCUACUUCAAGGCGAACAAGCGCGGCUGGCAGAACUCCAUUCGCCACAAUCUGAGUUUGAACAAAUGCUUUACGAAGAUUCCGCGCAGCUAUGAUGAUCCCGGCAAGGGCAACUACUGGAUUCUGGACCCCUCGGCGGAGGAGGUGUUCAUUGGUGAGACGACGGGCAAGUUGCGCCGUAAAAAUCCCGGCGCCAGUCGCACUCGUCUCGCCGCCUAUCGUCAGGCCAUCUUCAAUCCGAUGCUUGCCGCCGGUGGCUAUGGUGCACCACCUCCAGGUGCUGGUUAUGGUUAUCCGGGCAUGCCAUUUGUUGCCGCCGCUGCUCUGUAUCAGCGCAUGAAUCCUGCUGCCUAUCAGGCUGCGGCUGCUGCAGCUGCUGCCAUGGCUGGCUAUGGCCAGCCACAGAUGCAGUAUCAGGCGGCAGCAGCACCACCCGGCGGUGCACAUCCGCAGCUCCAGGCGGCUAGUUAUCCUGGUGGUGCGCACAUGAAUGCGGAAUUGUUCCAGCGCAUGCAGUUCUUUGGCAAGUUUCCGGCCAGUUAAGCGCCUCCGAAGGCGUUCGCCACGCCCAGCGUUUUGGUUUUGAUGGGACAAGGCUUUGGUUGAGCCGCCACCGCCCCCGCCACAAGGAGUCGCCGCACAAGGAGCCGCGCACAAGAAACCCAACCCCCACUUUUGACUUCUAAAUGUUGCAUUUAGUAAAAACAAAAAAAAAAAAAUCACAAAAAAAAAAAAAUCGAAUGCCGCCUCCGGCCUGGAAAGCCGGUUAGCUUUUGGCUCCUGGCUAGGAUUUGGGCAGCUGCAGCAGCACUCCAGGCAAAUACAUACAACAUGCAGCUGCCACCUGUCUCCGGCCUCGCGUCGCCUCGCAUCCCAGAAAGGCGGCUUGUAGUUUGGCUACUUUUGCAAAUAUGUACAUAAAUUUAUCAGACACCAAUUAUUAUACGAAUAAAAAACACAUUUCAAAUG